UUCUCAGUUUGAACGUGAAGCGGUUUUUCCGUCAUGGCUUUCAGUGAUGUUCAUUGUUUCAUUCUGUAUUAGACUUUACUUUUUAUAAUAUUUUACAUAUUGGUCAUUUUCAAACAGACGACAGAGGAUCUGCAUGUCGGUUACACGAUCACAAGUUCAGACCCAAGAUGGAUGGCAAAGGAAGAAAUGGACCUGUAUUUAUGAAAACAUAUGGUAAACGAAUGUGUAAAGUGGACCCUUGGUUCUCACCUGAUCUGAGGAAAGCGGCUUUCUCUUUUUCAAGCACUCUGUCAUCAGAUCAGUCCAUUUCAGAGACCACACAACAACCCAAGAAACGAAUGAGAAAUGCAGCCUCUCGUCCAGCUAAGAAUAAAGGCAAGACUGCUAGGGAGAAAGAAAGUGAUGAUGAGAACUAUGCUCCUCCUUUAUCGUUCAGGAAAAAGAAUGCUGCUAAACCAUCAGUAAAGAAAGCUGUGAGAAAGCCUCGAAUGACAAAGAAGAAGAAACAGAAUAUACAAGCAAUUCUCAGCAGCAGUGAAAAUGAGGAUGACUCCCUUAUAAUGAAGAUAAUCCCUCCAAAACCACCUGCUGAAAAAUCUGCUGGUCCCGAGAAAGUGUCGAACCUUCCUCUUAUGGGCAAGUUUGUCACACAUCGCAAAAGACCACUGGCACCUGUCCAAGCUCAGAAACACACCAGCAAACGUGUUUCUGUUGCUGUUCACCGCACGCUAGAUUCCUCCGACGAUUUUCUCCCUUCGUUACGAAACAAGCCUCAAGCGAGCAGGAAACCAUUUUGCACGGAGAAACUUGACUCAAACAGUCCCAUCACCUACAAGAAUCGGAAACGUUCCCAGAACCGAGCAGCCCUGGGUGAGGUCUCUUUCAACGAUAGCGAUGACCAGCACCUUGUGGCUAAACAUCCCCUAUUGUCCAGCACCCCUUCUGUGGUCUGCAAACAGCUCCUGCACUUACCUGAGCCUUCCAUCAGUGAGAUCUCCUCCCUUAGCUUUGAUGAACAUCAGCAAGCCACAAAAAACAAUAGCAGCAAACGUGGUUUAAAGAAUGGGAAGACAGCGAGAAGACAGCGACCCACAAAUCAUAUGGGAAAGCAAGUGAUUGAGGAGAAAGAGGGGGGAGAAGAUUCGGUUAUGGAGGUGACAGAGGGGGGAGACGAUUCUGUUGUGGAGGUUUCAUCUGGAGAUGAAAUGAGAGAUCAGAGAAAAGAUGGAGGUGUAGGUGUACCAUCUGCACAGGCAAACACUGGUCCUGUAUGUGUUUCGCCUCCAUCACAUGUUGACUCUUUAGCUGAGAGCCUUAAGGAAAGGUGUCGCAAUGUGGAUGCAGCUGUAAUGCUUAACAAAUUAGACAUCUCUGAGAAACCGUCUUCGCAGAGCUGCCAUAGGAAGAUUUCCUUAAACCGUUCAGACUUUUCCCUCCUUGCAACAAGUCGGAGCAGCAAAACCAAUUCUCCUGUGCCAUCCAGCUGUUCUUCACCAUCCAAACCAUCUCUCUUACCCCUGUAUAUUUCCUUUAAAUCUCCCCCCAGUUCCACUUUAAAUGAGGAAAGUCAAACCAGUUCAAACCUGUGUUCAAACCAGCCUCUUAUUGACCGUCUUAAGGCUGAGUGUCUGUUAUCUUGCCUGACUGUCGAAAUUCCUCGUCUUGAUUUGGGUGCCUAUUCUUAUGUCCACCAGGGGGCAGCACCAGGACCUUGUACUGACUCUCCAAACAUCUGCCAGACAGAGAGCGCCGCCUCUCCACCUUUUAAGGAACCAGAGAACUGCAUUGUAACAUCAAAGAGCCCAAUAAGUCAUAGUAAUACUGAAACAGUUGUUCGCCGUCUGUCUGAGUCUUUUCAGCCACCACGAAUAGCGCAUCCUGCUGCUGCGGCGGCUCUUAGUGCUGCACGCCCACCAGCUGUGUCUAAAGGUGCUGGAACUAGCACUGGCCGUAAAGUUUGCGUGAGUGGACUGAAUGUCAGCCGCUGGUCACGGAGGGGUACUGGAGAACGCAACGUGAAGCAGAGAAAAAGGGAAGAACGAACAAAAGCACAGUCUGGAAAAGAGUCUGGAAACUCGAGUUCAUGGGGCAGCAUAUUGUCUGGUGGAGCGGAAACUUUUGCAGGGGACUCAGCAUGUGGCUGGCUGCAAGGCACCAGUGGGAUUGCUCUGGCUGUGACGCCUCUCAGAAUGGAUCAGAUGAAUCUGUCCUCCAUCCUAGCCAAUUUUACUCCUGACACACUCACCACAAACACAUGGGGUCGACUCAAGGCAUCGCUAUCACUUCAUAAGAAGAAAACCGCAUUUCCAACCCCUCAACGUUUGGCUCAGUCUCAUCUGAAGACCCCACGCUCUCGGUUUCUAGCAGACACCAGUCUAGAACUAUUUGCUUCUCCUGCCUGCACCCCUUUAUCCAGACUCACGCCUUCACGCCUGCUCCGGUCCACCAUAAAUACACCCAUGUCUCCUUGUGAUGAUGACAUCAGCGAUGCAGAAAAAGUGUAUCAGGAGUGUCAGCAGAGCGGCCCACUUUCCUUCAGCGACUGUAUCCCUCCGUCUCGCAUGAAGGUUUGCAGUAAGAUCGGUGAAGGAACGUUCGGAGAAGUCUUCUCAACCAUAAAUGACUCCAACCAGACUGUUGCUCUCAAAAUCAUCCCAGUGAACGGAAGUCAAAAGGUCAAUGGUGAACACCAGAAAACAUUUGGAGAAAUUCUUCAUGAAAUCAUUAUUUCCAAAGAAUUGAGCAGCCUUAACUUAAAGGAAAUCAAUAAGACAGACGGUUUCAUCGGACUCAACAAUCUUCAUUGUGUUCGUGGACGGUACCCUGAAGCUCUGCUUAAAGCCUGGGACAAGUUCGACUCGCAGAAGGGAUCUGAGAAUGACAGGCCUGAUUUCUUUGAUGAUGAGCAGAUGUUUUUAAUCCUGGAGUUUGAGUUUGGAGGGAGUGAUCUGGAGAACAUGAAAGGAAAGCUGCCCUCCAUGGCCCAGGCCAAGAGUAUUUUACAUCAAGUGACUGCAGCUCUGGCUGUAGCUGAGCAGGCAUUGUGCUUUGAACACAGAGAUCUUCAUUGGGGGAACAUUCUGGUGAAAAACACUAAGCAGAAGCAGAGCGAGUUCAUCCUGAACGGAGCGGUGCAUUCUGUAGAGACACGAGGAGUUCACGUCAAUAUAAUCGACUACUCGCUCUCACGCCUGGAGAUUGAUGGACUGACAGUAUCAUGUGACAUCUCAGCCGAUGAAGAGCUGUUUAUGGGUCAGGGAGAUUACCAGUUUGAAAUCUACCGCAUGAUGAAGAAGGAAAACAACAAUUGCUGGUCAACAUAUAAUCCCCAUUCUAACGUGUUGUGGCUGCACUAUCUGGCUGACAAACUGUUAAGCAUGAACUACAAGACCAAAUCCCAGUCCAGCCAGCAGAAGACACUGAAAAGCACCAUCAAGUCUUUCCAUUCUGAAAUACUCGAUUAUGAGUCAGCCACAGAAGCUCUUACAAAGUGCAAAUUGUUUCAGUGAAAUAUGUACUUGGCUGUUUUUUAAUGAACACAAUAGGUAGACCUGUGUAUUUAGGAUUGC